GGGAACAGGGAAGUGAAAUUAAACUGCUCUCCUGCCUGGGAUAAGCCAUGGCUGCUGCUGCAAAGGCAAGGCAAAGCCUCCAGGAUGAAGCUUCUUGUUCCAUCUGCCUGGAGUAUUUUAAUGAUCCCGUGACUAUAGACUGUGGGCACAAUUUCUGCCGAGCCUGCAUCACCCAGUGCUGGGAGGGAUCUGAUAAAGACGUCUCCUGCCCUCAGUGCAGAGCGACCUUUCCCCAGAGGAACCUCAGGCCGAACUGGCAGCUGGCCAACGUGGUAGAAAUAGCCAAGCAGCUACAUUUGCAAUUGACAAAAGAUGCCGGAGCCGGGAGAGUGUGUGAGAAACACCAGGAGGCUCUGAAACUCUUCUGUCAAGAGGAUCAGUCCCCCAUCUGUGUGGUGUGCGACAGGUCCAAGGAGCACAGGGCUCACUCAGUGGUUCCUGCAGAGGAGGCCGCCCAGGAGUACAAGGGACAAAUUAGGAGUCGUUUGGAGAUGUUGAAGAAGGAGAUGGAAGGCAUUGCUGCACUGAAAUUGAAUGGGGAAAUAACAACCGAGGAGCUGCUGCAACAGACGGAGAGCGAGAGGAAGAAGAUUUUGUCAGAAUUUGAGAAACUCCAUAUGUUUCUAGAGGAGAAAGAAUUGCUCCUAUUGGCCCAGCUGGAAGUGCUGGACAAGGAGAUAUUGAAGAGGCAGGAUGAAUUCACCACCAGGCUCACCCAGGAGAUAUCUCGUCUCGGGACCCUGAUCAGUGAGAUGGAAGAGAAGUGUAGGCAGCCAGCAAGUGAAUUCCUGCAGGACAUCAGAAGCACCUUGAGCAGAUAUGAGACGGGGAAGUUUCAGAGUGCACCAUCCCUUCCUCUGGAACUGAAAAGGAAAGUCAAGGACUUCUCUCAGAAGCACACAUUUCUGGAGCACGCUCUGAAUAAAUUUAAAGAGACUCUGUCAUCUGAACCAAAGCUGGACAAAGUGAUUCUAUCUGGAAAGCAGUUGGACAAAGCAAAUGUGACCCUGGAUCCAGACACGGCUCAUCCUCAUCUCAUCCUGUCGGAGGAUGGGAAAAGUGUGAGAUGGGGACCUGCACGGCAGGACGUGCCCGACAACUUCAGAAGAUUUGAUCCCGUUCCCUGUGUGCUGGGCUGUGAGGGGUUCACCUCGGGGAGACAUUGCUGGGAAGUGGAGGUGGAUGGGAGCAGUUGGGCCGUGGGGGUGGCCAGAGAGUCUGUGAGGAGAAAGGGGGGAGUCGGCCUGGAGCCAGAGGAGGGGAUCUGGGCUGUGGGGCAGCUGAACCCAAUUCAGUAUGUGGCUCUCACUUCUCCUUGGACAAGCCUGCCACCGGAUAGGAGACCCAGGAAGAUCAGGGUUGCCCUGGACUACAAAGGGGGGCAGGUGGCAUUUUUCAACGCUGAGAACAACACUGAAAUCUUCACUUUCCUAGCAGUCGCUUUUGCUGGGAGAAUCUUCCCGUUCUGCUGGGUGGCAGACAAAAGCUCCCAGGUCAGAAUGUGUCACUGAGCUGCGAGAUCAAGUAGUCCUCUUCUUCCCCGGGGCCUGGAUCUGGCAUCUGCUCUGUAGAAUCUCCUAGUGGAAUUCUAGUCUGUCCGACUCAGCUUCUAACACUCGCCUCCCAGCAGUAUCUGACUUCCCAAACCACCUCCUACUGGAGCCCAGAGAGAGCCCAGUUUCUCUAACACCUGCAGACAAUUCAUGGUGCAGACAGUUCAUGACCCCCUAUACGCUGCCCCUACUGCAGGAUCCCUCUUUGGAUGAGAGGGAGAGGAGCUUUUCGAAGAGGAGAGAGAUCAGGGGGAUUAGAGGUGGGAGAAACAAAGAGUAACUGGAGAGGAUGUUUAUAGAAGGAAAUAUGAGAGGAAAAUGUAUAGGAGGAAAAGAGAUGAGGGAGUAUAUAAACUCUUUGGAGCGGGGAUUGUCUCUCGCUGUGUGUCUGUGCAGCACCCGGCACAACAGGGCCCUGAUCUCAGCUGGAGUUAUCCUAAUAUAUGUAAUAGGUAAUGAUAGCUACACAAGAGACACCAUGACUGUGAGAAUCAUUCAGAGGAUUCAUAAACCUUGGGGUAAAAUUUUCAGAAGUGCCUAAAUCCCAUUUUCAAAGGAGAGGAGUGACUCUUGAGAACCCACGACUCAAUGAAAGUUGACAGGAGUCUGGCUUUGAAGUCACUUCAGUGCUUUUGAAAAUAUGCCCCUCAUUGAACGUUAAGUACCAUUCUAAGCAUCAAUCCCUUUGCUACAUCAGCAGCGACUUAAGUGAGGGUCUAUGCAGGCCCAGGGCUCCACCCACAUAGACGGGGGAGUCACAGGAUGGGAGCCUUUCUUGGCUUCAGAAGGUGAAAGUUGCCAAAGGAUUAUCCCACGUUCCCUGGGUAAGUGAGAUCAACCGGCAGCUUUCUCUGUUGUCCUUGCUGCUCAUGCAAAUGUUCAGCGUUCAAAGCCAACUCGUGUUUAUUUUAGGAUUUGCAUUUACCUAAGUAAGAAUAAAAUCCAUAUUUUUAAAUA